AUCCCAAGACCGGCAAGGGGGUGCAGCUACACUGACUGUAGAUAUCUACCAACAGGCAACACACUACAAAAAGUGCGAAAGUACGAAUGUUGAGUUCAACAAGAAACUACAAUUUUCUGUAGAUGCUUCAUUGGAGUUGCACAGUUGUGCUGCUCUUUAUCCUUUGGACCACACUUUUAUUGUAACUAGCGUGCAUUGUUGCUGCACCCGGCUAGUGGAUGACAUUUCCUGGCAAUCCAAAGUUGCCGGUGGACUGUACGACGAAUAACCCUCCGCUUUCUUUACAAUCUUCAUCAUCCGUCAAAAUAGACCGUCCGGCUCCAGGAGGCCUCGACGCGGGCCGGACAGCGUCCACAUACAGCUCUGAGAGGAUCCCUUCAUCCCGAAGUUUGCCUCGUCAUCAGCAAUCUCAUCCUGCUGGCCACCAUCAGCAAGGUCACCAUCGCCCAGCUGGUCACCACCAGCCACAGUCGUCCGGCUCACCUCGCUCUCAAAGAUGGGUACCACCGUCCGCGGCCGCACAUGCUGAUGACAAGUCUGGAAAUCCAGAACAAGCCAAGCGUCGUGUCCGAGCAAUACUAAACAAACUAACCCCAGACAAAUUUGACAAGCUCUGCAAUGAAUUGGUCCAGGUGGGCAUUGAGUCCAAGGAUCUGCUCAAAACUGUGAUCCUAUUGAUUUUCGACAAGGCUCUCGAUGAACCCAACUACAGUUCCAUGUACGCACAGCUGUGCGUACGCCUCAACGAUGAAGUCGGAACAUUUGACAACCCCUCCGGAAAUCCAUCAAAAACGGUAUUCCGACGUCUGCUGCUUGCCAAAUGCCGGGAUGAGUUUGAGAAUCGCACUAAAGCUUCUGCAGACUAUGACGCACGAGACCAGCUGUCGCCAGAAGAGGAGGAAGCACGAGCAGACGCCAAACGCAAGAUGCUGGGGAACAUCCGCUUUAUCGGAGAGUUGGCCAAACUUGACAUGUUGGCCGAGUCCAUCCUACAUCGCUGCGUCCAGCAGCUGCUGGAAACGAAGCGCGUUAUCGCCGACCAAGCGGAAAACUCCGAGUGCUUGUGUAACUUGCUCAAAACAAUCGGCGCCAAAAUGGACACGGAGAAAGCGAAGGGCCUGAUGGACCAGUACUUCAGUAGGAUUGAGCAAUUCUCUAAGAACGAGGAGAGACUACCACCUCGCAACCGCUUCAUGCUUCUGGAACUCAUUGAGCUGCGUGCAAACCUUUGGCGGCCUCGCAGGGUUGUCGCGGAAGCCCAACCUGCACCGCGAACUAUUAGUGAAGUGCGUGAAGAAGCUUAUCGGGAGUUUGGGUAUCGCGGGCACAUGCCUCGUGGUGGUGGUAAUCGUGGCCACAGCAAUUCUCCCGCUCACGGUGGUGGCAGUGGCCCCUCCGAUUUCAUGGCUGGUAACGACUUUGGGCAGAACCAGGGCCACUCCAUCUUCCGUCCAGACUUCGUUUCAGCCAAUCAAUCAAGUGGCAACUCUUACAGCCAAUCUGGAGGCUGGUCGCAUGGCAAUGGCCCACCGUUGUCAGACCGUGAAGAGAUGCUACGUGGAACUCUGUUUGAUAUAGAGUCAGUCUCAGCGUCACCUGGUCUGACCAACGUUGACAGGCACGGAGCGCCGUUGCCGCAUCCCGCUGUAGUUGCUGCGAAUGCUGGCAGGGGCCGAGGGCAAAAUUCACCCAGAAUCAUGCCAACAGUGACCAUGAAGAAUGACGAAGAGCUCAGCCUGCGGCCAUCUCGACCAGCUGGAGUCGGUGGACGGCCACCGGCAGCAGGCGGUGCAGCAGGCAGGGUGGGCAGCGGAGGCAACCCCAUGGCAAGCCCGGCCAAUGCUGGUCGCGGUGGUGCUCCACAGGGAGUUGAUGCGCAUGGCCGUCCCAUGGCGGGGGCAGUAUCCAGCAUCACCGGCACUGGGUCGUCACGUGGCGCCACUUCGCCAGCUGUUAUGCCAGCGCCAUCAGUGGUCAAGAAGAAGACAAAGUCCAAAAAGCCAUCUCGCAAGGAGCUACAGAAGCUGACGAUCUCCAUGUUGGAUGAGUAUGUGAGCGUUCAGGAUGACAAGGAAGCACUGCUGUGUGUGGAAGAAAUGGCCGCCCCUUACUUUGCAGACGAGCUGGUCUUAAUCAUUCUCAAUCAGACGAUUGAAUCGCAAAGUGACAAAAGAACCAUAGCAUGUAACCUACUGUCGAAACUGCACGCCGCGGACUACAUCAGUGUGGCCAACUUUGUCCAGGCAUUUGAAGAUCUCCUCAAUCGCCGCGCCGAGUUGAUUAUCGACGUUCCCAAAGUGGACCAGUACAUCAGCGAGUAUCCAUCACACGGUCUUGCCAGUGGCUGGUUGAAGCUCACUGACAUCAUGAAAGCGUUUGUGGAUGGCAAAAACUUCCCCAUUUUCUUUCAUAUUGUGUCAUCGCUGUCAUCACUGACCAGCAAGGAGUGUGUCAAGGAGGAAGUGGCUGCGCUCAAAACACCACUCUUGACCAUGAUGCCAGAAACUAAGAGAACUGUGGACAAUUUGUUUGACAUCCUGGAGAGCUUGAAUGUUUCUUUCAUCCUGCCUCUGCACGAGGUACGGGGCGGUCUGCGAGAGCGCCUCUCAGCUGAUGAUGUUGACGGCAUGGCUGUGGCAGAGUGGCUCAAGUCUGCAGCUGAUGAUGAGCUGCGCAGGAGCGAUGAGUUCAUCAUGAUGGUCAUGUUCUGCGUCUUGCGUGCUGUAACGAGCAGAUUCUCCCUUUGCGAAGGCGUUGAUCCCACCGUAGCCCUAGACAAGACCGCUGCUGAGUCUGAGAAAGCUUUCUUUUCUAAGCUUCAGAACAUCAUUCAGUCAUCUGUGCAGGACAACUCGUCUCUGCAGCUAUCACUCAUCUUUGCUCUGCAAGCAUUCUGCUACCAACACGACUUCCCCAGAGGUAUGCUACUGCGCUUCUUCGUUUCCCUGUAUGAGUUGGACUUGGUUGAAGAAGAAGUCUUCAUUUCGUGGAAGGAGGACACCAAGAGUAACGUGCCAGGAAAGGGAAAGGCUCUAUUUCAGGUCAACAACUGGCUUACAUGGCUUCAGAAUGCCGAAGAAGAGUCGGAAUCAGACUAGUUUGUCUUUGUCGUCUACCAAUUCGCCAACCAACCACACACCGGUAUGUCGUGUCGUUCUUGUACCGAAGCACUUCGAUGUAGUUCUCCUGUCGGCCCGUUCUCUCAGUAGGCCGUCUCGUUUUAGACCUGUACGACUGGCUUGCAUACCAGACGUCUGCCCUCUGCCUUUGCUACUCAGCGACAUCAGUAUUUAUAUCCACUACCUGUUUGUUUGUCUCCCUGUACCACCGCUGCUGUUCUGAUUAUUUGCUACACGCUUUUGGACCAGUGCAGACAGCUCAUGAUCCAUUAUUGUGAAUGACCCUUUUAUGGGCACGUGAAAAGGAACACUGUGUUCUGUAGCCUGCAAUCUCUGUUCAUUGCAUGCCUGUAUGCGAAUAGAGCAUGAUGCAGUGUGGUCCUAGUUCUGCUAGCAAUAUCCAGCAUCUGUUUCAACAUGUCCUGGCGGAUGUUGUGCUCGUGACAUCGUAGUGCUGUCUCUACUCUUGUUCGCGGUGGUGCUUUGUGAUUUAUAGUGCCAAUCUUUGCUUGCCGGACGCGUGUCUGUCUCGCUUUCGUUCCUUUCCUGCUCCGGUGCUGUUCUCUUCUUUGCUUGCACUGCCUUGCUCGUUGCGUCGUCAGCAGACAGCCGUGUUUGUGAAGAACGCGCUAACAUUAACACUGCAUUACUAGACCUUCUGCUGGUCGUGAUAGUUUUGUUGGCGCACUAUAGACCCUGAUCAUGCGCUCGAUACGUUCUCAUCCCUGCAGAGCCUGCGCAUUGCCAGUAGUUCAGUUCUUUUGUAUUUAACUUGUUUUCUUUCCUGUAAGACAGCCAAGCAAGAGCGAUCAACAACAUGCUACUACCGUUCUGCUGUCGCUGUCGUUGUCGUCGGCGUCACCUUUGCUUUCACAUUGUUGCCAUGACUACUGUAAUUCCGGCCAGUGCCAUCACCAUGA